AUGGCCCGGUGCCGCAUGUGCGUCCAAGACAUCGGCCUCGGGUCAGGGAGGAAUGCAAGAAACGGCCCUGACACUACGACGACCGACGACGACGACGACGACGAAUUCACUUGCACAUGGUCUGAAUGUUCCUACACCAGCUUGACCUCACUACCGCACUGCGCCCGUCGCUCUUGCCGGAGGAGACGUUGCUGUUUGUCCAAGACGCCGUUGGGCUGUACGAGGGGUAUGCGCAUGCGACUUGGCCUACCUAUCGAAUUGCUUACUGAAGGCUCCAACCAUAGCAAGCUCAAGAUACCGCACUAUCAAAAUGGCCAGGCAUACCUGACCUCGCACCGCGUGUGCUACGUCGACCACAAUGAGCCGCGCAAGAACUCGGUCGCCAUCCUCUUGAAGGAUGUCGAGAAGCCAGAAUUCUAUGCUGGCUUCCUCAAAUCCUCGGCUAAAAUCACCCUCUUCCCGAAACCUUUGAAGCAGCUCAGCCGUGGCGUCUCUACAUCCCCCCACGGUCUUUCCUCCACGACCCCUCCACGGCACAGUAGCCCUGCACCAGCACCUCCUCCAACCAGUGCCACAUGGGUGUGCCCUAUCUGCUCCUUCUCUAACCCGGUCCCUGUCAAUUUCGACCCUGCCUUAGCUUCUCGAACACCCAUACCGCCAUGUCUAGCCUGCGGCAUCAACCCGCCAACAGUGCAUGUUGUAAAGGCAGCGAUAGCGGCUAUGUCCAAUAGAUCUGCGCCAGGUCCACUCCCAAAGGACCAUACGAAUGAUGCUCCGGCUUCUUCAAAUCCUGGGGGUGCAACCCUCUCAUGUCCUAGAUGCACAUUCCAGAACCAUCCUUCAUUGUCGCAUUGCGAAAUAUGUGGUGCCUCCUUGACAACCGCAAUAGACAAGCGGCUUGGUCUUGUCCAGGAUCCUGCAAGACCGCCAUCGCCUGGCCCAGUCUUGACAUCACCCGUGCAGUCCGAAACGGCCCAGUGCAUAAAGCUCUCCUUUCGCGGUGGUGGAGAAAAGAUAUUUUUUGAGCGUCUGAAAAAUGCUCUGGUGCAACGCAAGUGGCUUCUUCAAAGCGCGCCGCCUAUCCCGAAGCCUCGACCUUCCUCUGGCUUCUCCGACGACCGCAACUCGUCCAGGUCUGGCAAAACAUCAGUAGAAGUCGAACAACCUCGAGUUGUGGGCAUAGCAGGCCUGGAGCGGAGAGGACUGGAGCAGAGACAGAACAACGAGGCCAUGAUUGGCGGCGCCUUCGAGGAUCUCGAAGCCCUCAUGACCUCUGCAAAAGAGAUUAUUGCAUUGGCGGAGCAGUUCGCAUCUCAAGCAAAUCUGGGAACCAAUGGCAAUUCGGAGGCUAAUGCACUUGCAUCCCAAUCUGCAUCUGCACUUGGACUUGUAACUACGAAAGAUAUGCUUGGAUCAGGGUCAGGAUCGGAGUCGCUUUACAUAUCGGAACUCUCAAGGAAUCUGGCUGAGUGGCUUACCGACGAUACACGUGGAGUAUUGAAAAAAGAGGGAGGGAUCAUGACACUCGUCGACCUUUGGGCUGUGUUCAACCGCGCAAGAGGAGGUGUCGAAUUAGUCAGCCCUGCAGAUUUUGAAAAGGCCGCCUGUAUGUGGGAUAGCUUGAAACUACCUGUCCGUCUUCGAAAGUUCAAGAGUGGUCUACUGGUAGUGCAGGGUCGCGAUCGAACCGACGAGAAGACAAUCGCUAGUUUGUUAUGCUGGCUCAAGGGGUUUCAUGAAGACCUGCUCAAUGAAGAUGCAACAUGGGACUGGAAAAGCUUCGGGAGAGGGGUCACAGCGCAAGAGACUGCAGAAAGAUUUGGUUGGAGUGUUGGCGUCGCUACAGAAGAACUCGAGAUGGCUGAAGAAGCGGGCGCACUUUGUCGUGAACAGGGCAUUGAUGGGCUUCGCUUCUGGGAGAAUUGGAUUAUAAACAUGCCUAAUACCAACCCUGUUUCUACGUUUCUCGUGUAG